GAGUACUGCUGUUCAGUUGGCUCGUUUGAGGCAAGAUUUAUUUUUAUUUUUGAUACAUUUGUAUUUUUAAAUACAUAAAUCUUUUUAUUUUAUUAGAAUGAAUUUGUCUUUCAUCAGAUUUACCAAAUGUUAUAACUUCUAUUUGAGCUGGUCAAUUACGAACAAUAGGUAAAAUUGAACUGCUAGCAAAAACUUGGGUGCUGCAAAUAUUUGAGUUGCUCCUCCCCUUUGACUUGCCCCUCCCCUUUUAGUGACUCCUCCCCUUUGUGUGGCCCCUCCCCUAAUCUCACUCCAAACUUUCGAUAUAACUUGAGAGCCCUGCGGACGCGAACCCAUUAUAUAAUAUCUACAGUGAAUGCGGGCAGUAAAGGGAUGCCCCGGUAUAUUUCUGAUGUACAGAUGUACUCCAAGCGCUGGCGCUGUUUCUGACACAAAGUACAACGGAUUUUCCAAUCAUUAGAAGCGAUGUAACACAUCCAGUGUAGUCAGUCCCAAGCUGUUGCAGCGUUGUAGACACGGUGCAGGGCAAAUCGUGUCAAUCCAAAUGUAAGAAAUUAGGAAAAUAAAACAACCUCAAUAGAAUGGCGCCAAAGAGACCUUUACAGUAGUAUACAGCAAUUUAAAAAAUACAGUAAGUCUCUGUAUGUGGGGUCUGACUUCACAGAAAAUUCCCAAGAUGCAAAGGGUAUUACAGUUAUUUACUGUAAAGGGAAUUUGCAGUAUUAUACUGGGUGAUAUACAUAAUAACUGCAGAAAUGACAGAAAUGUCUAACAGUGUUGAUCGUGGUAGUUCCCUUGCUAUGGAGGGUCAGAAAGCUCUUGAAUUUCAUCAAAAAUAUGUUAAUUUGUGUUCUGAAGUUGAACGAAGGUCUUGCAGUUUUGAAAUGACAUGAGGAGACAGACUACAUCAACCAUGCCGACAGAAGUACAAACCACUGCAUACACCAGAGCAGAUCCUGGCUAUGGAGAUGGAGGAACAUUUGGCUGUGGUAACAAGAGCAUCUGUGACGCAUACUGUUCAAUUUGUGUGAACAGUCUCUUGAGAACUCAACAAUGCUAUGGUUUGCUGGUGGAAGUUUGUCAAUAUCAUUUUGAUGAUGCUAUGGGAACCAUGAACGGUACCGACUGGUGUUCACUGGAAAAAGUAAAAAGUGCAUACAACAAUUUCACUGUGUGUACUGAGACUGUUGCUGAAUGUCUGCUGCUUCCCUGGCCGAAUCAGUUGGUUGAACAUACAUUUGUGAAUAUCCACUCCACCUAUUUUGAAGAAUGCCCCACAGAGGCACUGAGAGACCCCCCUCCCAGCAUCAUCCUUGCCCUUGUCAUGACCCCCAUAUGCCUAAUCCCUGUUAUGGUGGUCCUAGUUGUUCUCAAGACUAAAAAUGGAGACAGGCGGUCCUAGACGUCCAGGUGCAAGAUUUUAUUCUUAUUCCUUGUUCUGCUCUGUUUCUUUUUCAUCCGGGAUGGUAUCCCACCCCGGGAUAAUGUCCUAGCUCAACGCUCCCCAGUGAAUGUGCACCUGGGCAUCUCCAGGACUGACUAAACCAGGACGGAGGAUGAGCAUUUGUUCUGGGGGUGAUCUCUGACUGGAAAAUGUUACUGUACUUCAGUGAAAUAAUUGUUGGUUAGAAAGGUAUAUUUAUCAUUAACAUACAGCUCAUGUGCAUUACAGAUAUUUCACAGCAUUAUUAUAUCCAAAUUGCACAUAUGCGUUUUGUUGUCUUCAGGAUGUAAAUGCAUAAUCCAAUGAAAUGUGAAAUGACAAUGGAAAAAAGAUUCAUUUGAAGUUUUCAGACAAAUUGUGUACAUAACCAGAUGUACAAAACAACAAUGCAGAACCACAAACUCAUUUGAGUGUCCACUUUAUGCACUGUAAGAAAUCUUCAACCCAUGUUUUAAUGUAGAUUUUGAUGUUAGCUAGGUGACAAGAGCUAUUUAGCUGACUCUUAGAAUAACAUCUUUGUGAUUUCAUUUCUAUUUUGACACAAGUCAUAACGAUUGACUUUUUAAAUUUAUUAUGACAGCUAUUGAGGAAUUAAGCAUAAAUUAAUCAAUCUGAGUGCAUGACAAAACAAAGCCGACUGAAAGCCACCCAUUUCAGUAGGCAGCUUAUUAAAUAACUGUUUAUUUAUGUAAGUUAAUGACAUGCAGGUGUCUCUGAAAAGUAAACUUUUAAGAGGGAAGGGAAUGUCAGUAAAUGGAGGUUUAUAAAGACUGUGAUGUCCACUUUAAUUUUACUGUGCCCCUCACACAGAACUGCAUUGUACUUUGCUUACAAUAUAAUUACUGUAUCAGUGUAGUCACAUGAAGAAGAUUGGCAUUAGUUUGUGUUUUAUAAUUAUUUCAGUAACUGAUUAUGAAGGAUGAGUCUUAUAUUGAGACAAGUUUAUGUCUGCAGAUUAUUCUCUCUUUUUUAUAGACCAACCAUUUUAAGAGCCUGUGAACUAUUUUUUAAUUUUAUACUUCACCUCCUACUUUGAUUGGACAUGUUUUUUUAAAUAAUUAAACCACGUUUUACCUAG